CAAGUUAUUUGGCUAGCUAUCGAGGACUGCCCAAAGAUCAGCAGCCAACACAACUACGGCACAUUGUUGGCUCCUGCAUCGGCAAGACAAGUUCCAGGUCCCUCUGACUUUCUUGGACUACAAUCCCAGAAUGCGUACAGACACACUCAGGCAGCGAGCUACCUAUGGCGGAGAGCAAUGACUGAGGAGUUUCAUGAAGAGGUGGAAUUCAAGUACCUGCAGGAUCUGGGACGCUGGGAUUUGGGGGCAUGUGGGACAGGGUGCCGGGAGGAGGAAGAUCAGGCCACGGGAGAGGGCGAGGAUGAGGGGGAGGGUCCCCCCCCACAGGAUGGGCCCGCCUCGCUCAGAAGGGGGGCGCUGUGGCGGGUAGCUGAGGCUGUCUGGGGGCUCUUCUCCGCCCACCAGAGCUCCAGGGCUAUGCGCGAGGAGCAGCAGCUGGACGCAGAGUUUCGGCGGUACUCCCUGCGUCUCCUCCUGGAGCAGGACGUGUUCCUGCAGGAGGACCUGGAGCUGAUGGAGCUGCUCCACCCCGGCGUCCUGUCCGUGGGGUCCGCCUCCUCGCCCCCCGAGACCCCGCCCGGAUACAGCCUCCACCCCCGCACCUGGCACCUCUGGACCGUGGCAGUGUUGGUGGCAGUGCUAGCAGGCCUCAGGUCUGUGUGGGACGGGCAGGGCCUGUCCGCUCUGCUCCCCUGGGUGCUGGUGCUGGUGGGGGUGCUGCUGGUGCGCGGGGCGGGGCUGUGGAGGGCGGCCCGGCUGCGGGGGGGCAUGCGGGACCGCGGGGAGCUGCUGGAGAGCCUGGCGCAGGACAGCAGGGCCCUCACCGGCCUCGUCCGCAGGGCCCUGCGCCUCGUCCAGGAGACCGAGGUCAUCUCCCGCGGCUUCACCCUUUUGCUCGACAGGGUGAGUGCGGCCUGUCCCCUAAACAGAGCGGAGCCUCAGCUGCUGGGCCUGAGGAAGGCGUCCUACAGGAGCCUGCAUGCCGCCUUCAGGUCAUACCGCCACGCCACCCGCCACAUGCUCUCCGCCUAUCCCCUGGACCCGGAGGUGGACGAGGCGGGUCACUACCUCUGCACGGUGCCGGAGCGAGACCUGGGGCUGGGCCUGGGCGAGGGCCGGCCCAGCGACGCGCUGGCACAGGAACUCACCGACGACUACGGCCUCCCCGCGCUAAAGGUGCUGUUCCAGCUCUUUGUGGGGCAGAGCUCGGAGUUUUUCCGCCGGCUGGCCCUGCUGCUCUCCGCGGGGCUGGAGGGGCGAACGGGGACGGGCGGACGUGACGGCAGGCUGGCGCACCGGGCCGUCGCCGAGGUGACGGCGCCCCUGCGCCUCGCCCUGUGCGGUUGCCUGGGAGACCUGCAGCGCAGCUACGACUUCCACCGCUGCUUCGAGACGCGGUGCGGCCUGCAGGGCUCGGACAGGGCCGCCCGCGCCCGGCAACAGUGCCGCGAACUCUGCGCCCUGCACGCCUCCGUACGGAGCCUGCAGCUGCACCUCCGGGCCCUGCUCAACGAGGUAAUCAGCAUGGAGGACGAGCUGGAGAAGCUGCUGGUCUCCCGGGAGACGGCGGAGGAGGCGUGUGCUCGGGACCUUCGGGACAGGCUCCGCCUCCUGCAGCCGCACAUGCAGGCGAGCCGGGGGUGCUGGGAGGAGACGUUGGCGCAGGUGGGCCGCGUGCUGAGGCUGUCCGCCAGCCGCGCAGGAACGCCAGGGACUCCAGAGGAGAGCACCCCCCGGCUGCUGACCCCCCCGCCCUGUCCCUCCACCCUCCAGGACAGAGACCCUGUGCCACAGGAGCAGGAGCUGGAGGCAUACGCGUCGGACUCUGACUCCGAUUCGGACUGGCGCGGCAGAACGUCCCCGCUGGGGCACAGGAGGGAGGAGUCGCGCCCCGUCCUCCUCGAACUGAAAUCCGUCCUGGGGCUGCGCGCCUCGGAGGGGGAGAGACAGAAGUGGAAGCAGCUGCUAUUCAGGGACCAAGCUGCCCUGAGGACUACAUUACCCACGGAGCCCUGCGGCAGCUCCAGCCCACCAGAGCCAUACAGCCAACAGAACAACCACGAGGGCCCGGCGCCCUGCUCCACCACGGACGCCGCCCGCUGCCGCGGAGGCUCGGAGGGGGCAAGGGCGGCCCCUGUGCCUGGGGAAGGGCCGGGUGGGGGAGCAGAGCGCGACAGAGCGCCCCCUGGUGGCCGGAGUCUCCGCGCGGCAGGUGACGGACCUGCACGACGCAGCGACGCGGGCUCACUCCGCCAGCGACGCGGAGACGCCAACCUACACGGAUGAGGAGGAACAGGAAGUGACGUCGUAGAAAAUGAAGGACUUAACGGUGCUGGUUUUUUUUUUUUACGAAAGAAACGCACCACCGGGAUAUUUAUUUCACCAUAGUCUGUUAUUUAUUGAGAUUGAAACACUGUAAAUAUGCAGUUUUUUUUUUUUUUUUUUAGAGGUUCGUCUUGUUUAUUACUGUAUAAAUUUCGACCUGUAUGAUAUGAAAUUGCUGCUGUGUUUUCAGAAGAUGACGGGGCUGUAAUUGCCGACUCAUCGUGACCAAAACAAGAGUGGUUCUCAUCCCAAGUGCUUCCGUCUUGUGUAAUGAGACUUAAAAUCUUAUCUUCUUUUCUCUCGAGUAGGACAUAUUAGCUUGUUUUUACUUUUUUGCUUUUCCAAGCGAAAUUGUCUUACCCCGUUGGCCAAUCUGGAAAUGAAUCAAACUGCCUCAGCCCAUUGGCAACUUUAUUGUCUUAUUUGUUGUCAACUUGUUGUCUUAGUUGACAAAGAUACUUGUUAAGAUUGGCUCGUUUUAUGUUUUUUUUGCAGUGUGUUAUCCACAUGUAAUUUCUGACAAAUCUUGAAAUUGUUCCCAUAUUGCGUCCUGGCUGGCACUUUAAGUUCCCCCAUGCACUGUCACGGCAACAAGCACUUUCUGCAAGGCUCACAAGCGGCAGGAACACCGAAAGCUACACCAACAACGGGCAUCGGCCUGCCUGCUUAGAGCCCUAGAAAUAUUAUUCUCAGCCUCGGUCUUGCAUCUCUGCAUUAUUUAUGUUCUUUAAAAUAACUUCUGCAGGAAGGGCAGUUUAUUUUCGGCACCCUGUUACACGGCGUAUUUGACUGAGUCAUAAGUUCACGGCGCACAGAUUUCUCAAUAACAAAAAUCCGCUAUUGAGGAACCUCCGACACGCGGCCUCUUACGCGCCUGCCCCGCAUGAAGGAGUGAAUCACGGCCCGUAGCCACGGCGAUGGAUGACGUCACAGACCCACGACAUCGGUUACUUCUCUAUAACGGUUCCUCGUGAAGUCUGUGUCUUAUUAACACACGAAAGAAGAACAGAAAGAAAUUAGUAACACAUUUAAUUGAAUACUGAUUUGUUUUUUGGUUCAGUGGUUCAGUUUUUUGCACACGUCAUGAAAGUCGUGAAACUAUCCUCGGCUGUUCCCUUGCGUCUCGCUGGAAGGAGGGCAGCGGAACGAGCCAUCAAAGAGAAUGUCCUGUGCAGCCUUAUGUACCUCGCAGUUCCUGCCCAAUCACAUCAUUUACUGUACUGUAUGUACCCCAGAUUGAACUGCCAAUCAUCCUUAGGAGCACCAAUCAUGGCACCGUACUAGCCUUGUCCUGUCACUGACAUAUUGCCCCCCCCCCCCCCCUUUCGAUUGUUAUUCCUCCAUUUGAUUUCGGAAAUAAACGACCAUUUGAUUUCGGAAAUAAACGACCAUUUAAAAAAAAAUAGCUG